GACACUGUCGCCCAGCUUUUCACAUCUUGCAUGAGGGACCCGGCGCGUCCAAAGGGCUGCGCCAGAGCUCUCUGCGGCUGCCUCCACCUAUUGGGCGGAAGUGGCAAAGACGACCGCUUUGCAAUAUUUGGACGCUACCUCUUACCCAUCAACGGGCACUACGAGCAUCUCCGCAAGACAUACCCCGAGUAUCUGAGUGCGUGCGCUACCUUCCUGAGCCACCCACGCUCGACUCAGGACGAAGUGGAACUCAGGGCCUCUUUGGAGGAGUGCUCAUGCCUGGCCCUAGGCACAGUGGGCGGCGAUCAGAGGGUGGUGCUGGGCUGCCUGCAUACUUUUGAGGUCGCUCACAAGUUUGCCCUUGGCGAUUUCAUUCAAGCGCUCGUCCACCACUUGGCCGGCAUACUCUACAAUGCAGUCUCAACAAAGACUGUUGGUGGUAUUUCUGCCAAGAGCGGCCUCAAACGACACCGCAAAAAGUACGCCGGAAGUCCACUGUGGCCCGAGGAUGCUAGUCAGCUUAUUCCCCAUGGCCUGGAGCAGUCAAUGAAGGGAUACGCCAAUUCCCUCCGCUGGUGCCCAUUUGAUAGGUUUCAAGAUGGCCUUUCGCUCGUCGGCGAUCUUCUUACUAUCUGCGGCCGAUCCAUGAUUCCUCAUCUGCUCCAGUUCUUCCCCGAGAUGCCAUUGAGAAUCACCGGCCUCGCAACCUCUCUGUGCCAGGAGCGCAAGGCGACACUAGGGGCGUCUGUCGACUUAGAAGUAGAACACAGCUGGGCGUGUACUCUCCUCGCCGUCAUGGACUUUUGCGGAACCAUCGUGAACCUUGGGGAAUGGAAUCCAACGGAUAUCUCACUGUUCGUUCGCGUGACUGCGCUGUUCGAGGGCUCGAUGAAGAGCAUCGGCCUCCUCUUCGUGUGUGAUACCAUUCUCAAUCACCUGGUGCUCUCCGAGAGGGUACCACUCUCUUCACCGGCGAACUAUUUGCCGAUAUUGCUGCCUCCGUCACCCGCUUCGGUGCGAUAUUUUACUCCCACAGACCACCCGAUGACACUACCGUCUACCACGAAUCAAUCCUCCACCUACACGCGAAACUAGCCGACAGCUUCUCCGACCCUAUCUAAUACGUUUGGCAGGGCUUUGCGUGGCUUUCCACGAUACGUCGCUGCUGCGCGCCGGGAUGCCCCAAGACGUUUGCCUCCGCACAGCGAACGUUCGCUCGGUGCGC